CCCUCUCCUUCUCCCUCGCCUCUCGCAAAGGAAGAAGGCGACUUCUUGCCAGCCCCGCACGUUCUUUGGACUGAAAGUCUCCAAGGUCCAAGAAUUCUAGGACCAAGACCAGCGGGAGCACCUGCUCUGGGGUGGGAAAAAAGCCCCAAACUGAACACCCUAGGACUGGGAGUCCCAAGAUGUGUGUGCAAAUCACAUCCUGGCUGUGUGACCUUGGGCAAGUCAUUCUCCUGUGAAAGCCCCAGUUCGCGCCCUCAUCUGGGUACUCAUGGGCUCGGGCUAGACGGUUCCAAGGUGCUUCCCAACAGUAACAUUUUCUAAAUAUGAGCCAGGUUCUCGGUGUGGAUUUGGACCAGAGCCUCGUCUUUCCGCCUGUCAGCUUGGGUCUGGAGGCUUCUUCUCUGAGAUGGGGGAGGGGGAGCAGCCUCCUCGAAGGAGGUGUCGGGCUCCGGCGCACGUCCAGGACUCCUUAAGAAGCCUCCCGGGCCCACGCGCUCCAGCCCAUCCCCCUGCUCAGGGACCCUGGGCAGUUCUCCCUUCUCCAGGGACUCAGCCCGUCCUGGGCUGGUUGCGGUGGGCGGUGCCUCGGCUAUUGCCAACCCCCCACCUACCCCUGCAUUCUGGAGCCCGGAGUCCGGAGCAGCCGCAGCCGCCACCUUCUCUGCCACCGCUGCCCCGCGCCCUCCCCCCUCCAGGAGCCCGAAGCCCCGCGGGGCCAUGCCCUCCGUGCCCACAGGGACCCCGACCCCGCUCUGAGCCGCAGCCUCGGGCCUCCGGGCACACCGGGCCAUGGCCAACUCUGGCUUCCAGCUCCUGGGCUAUUUCCUGGCGCUGGGCGGCUGGGUGGGCAUCAUCGCCAGCACGGCCCUGCCCCAGUGGAAGCAGUCCUCCUAUGCCGGGGAUGCCAUCAUCACUGCUGUGGGUCUCUACGAGGGGCUCUGGAUGUCCUGCGCCUCCCAGAGCACUGGCCAGGUGCAGUGCAAGCUCUACGACUCCCUGCUCGCCCUGGACGUUCACAUCCAGACUUCCAGAGCUCUCAUGGUGGUCUCUGUGCUGCUGGGCUUCAUUGGGGUGGUCAUCAGUGUGGUGGGCAUGAAGUGCACCCGAGUUGGAGACAACAACCCUGUGACAAAGGGCCGGGUCGCGGUCUCAGGGGGUGCCCUCUUCCUCCUGGCAGGGCUCUGUACACUGACUGCAGUCUCCUGGUAUGCCACUCUAGUCACCCAGGAGUUCUUCAAUCCCAACACACCAGUCAAUGCCAGGUAUGAGUUUGGGCCUGCCCUGUUUGUGGGCUGGGCAUCUGCCAGCCUUAUCAUGCUGGGUGGCUCCUUCCUCUGCUGCACCUGCCCCAAAGGAGAGAGACACAGCACCCAGCAGCCCUAUCGAGCUGGGCCUGCCUCUGCCUCUGCCUCUGCCGCUGCCCGGGAACAAAUUAUAAAAGUGCCUGCACCCAUGAGGGGAGACCCAGGCUUGUAAGCUAGCAGCCCCCAUCCCUGGCCCCUCCCAGACCCCAGCUACUUCUCUGUCUCCUUCCCUUCCCUCCCACCCUGUGAGAAGCUGUGCUUUCUGUGACUUUGGUCCGCCUGCAAAGAGAAGUCCUCAUUUGUUUUUCUUGA